UUGUCAACACGCGAGUCGCUGGCCAUGAGAACUCCGAUGGGUUCCGUCUCCCCGCCGCCGCCGCUGCUGCUGCUGGGACUCUGCGCCUUCGCACAGCUGGGGGCAGUCGCCAGCGCCGCCUGGUGGUCGCUGGCAUUGUGGACACCCCGGGUGGACCCCUCCACGCAUCCGCUGCUGUUGUGCAGCAUGGCGCCGGGCCUGUCCCCCACACAGCGCCAAAUCUGCCAGCAGCAGCCGCACUUCAUGAAGCUCGUGGCCGAGGGCGUCCAGCUGGCGAUCUCCGAGUACCGGCACCAGUUCCAGGCCAAGCGGUCCAACUGGACCACGCAGGAUUGGCCCGCCCCUCUUCCUCGGGCGGGCUCUCGCGAGGCCGCCUUCUUCACCGCCCUCACCUCCGCCGGCGUGGUGCACGUGGUGGCGCGCGCCUGCUACACCUCGCAGCUGAUCCGCGACAGCUGCAACUGGACCUACGACCCCUUGCUGCACCACGGAGACAACAUCCAAUACGGAGUCCAUUUCGCCAAGGUGUUUGUGGACGCGAGCGUUCACGACCGCUGGAGGCGAGGGGGACAACGCAAGUCUUUGGCGAAACUCGUGCAGAUGGAUUUGCACAACUACGAAGUCGGUCGCGUGGUGGUGGAACACCUGGCGUACUACUACUGCGGUUGCGACAACAGAACCGGUGAAUGCCACAGAGUCUGCCUGCCGCUGCGCGAAGACUUUCGCGACGUUGGCGACUUUCUGAAGGAAAAGUACGAGAGAAGUUCCGCCAUGCGGCUGGUGAGGGACAAGAGGAGCGGCAGCGGCAGCGGCGCCGCCCGCUGGCGCCUGGAGCCGGUGAACGAGUGGUUGACGGCGCCCUCGGAGAUCGACUUGGUCCACGUGAACGCCAGCCCGGAGCACUGCGUCCGUGGCAACACCAGCAGCGCGGGGGGUGCGGGGCAGCGCUGCAACGACACCGAGCUACCCGAGGGGUGCACCGUCACGUGCUGUGACAGAGGAUACGACAUCUCACAAGUCACGCUGGAGACGCAGUGUGGGUGCAAGGAACAGCUCAAGCAGAACGUCAAGUGCAAGCUUUGCCCGUGGACCGUCGAUCAAUUCGUUUGCAAGUAG